GGACGGAGCUCUUUUCUAGGGAUUUUCUGUUGACUGGAUUCAGCCAUUGAAUGUAUCCUAAACCCAGGAUUAAAGCACUUCCUGUUCGGUCCAGAUUGUGGAGACAUUCUGGUGCAGAUUAGCGCAAUACUACUACUUUUCGGAACAUUGUGUUGAGCACUUAUCAACUUGGAAGAUAUAAGGCUAGAAGCUAGCGAGAAUAAAAAAAAUAUAUUUAAAGCAGUUUUGUGUUCCAGUCCAAGAUGUUUCAGUGGUAAUGGAUUUGGCGCAAAGUUAAAAAAAACAAACAAAAAAACCUCAUUGUUGUAAUCGUUUAGCUCAAGCGUUAAACGAAAGAAUUGGUUUCUGCUGUGAAGGGUGACUGCUGGCUACGAGCGUCGGCGGUUGCUGCUGGAUACGAAUCUGAAAACAGGAAGAGACUGCUUCAUCGGGACACGACUGAUGGGGAAGCACAUCUUGGCGAGGUAACUGGUCACAGACAUCCAUCUCCCUGCAGCAAGCUGAGAUUCUCUCCAGAAAUACCUUUAAUCCCAAUUUGAAGUGGCUGUUCCAUGUUCCAAGUCCAGAUGAAGAGGAGGGAAGUCUUGUUAUGGCUCACAACCUGGUGUCCCAGUCUUCUGCACAUCUUCAGUGAAUGUAUCAGGAUCUUCUGACUGUGGUGUUUCAGGGGCAGCUGGUGGAUGGCCUGAUGGGAUCCCUUCCAGAGCAGUGUAGAGCUCUGUCGAGGCUCUUUGAACAGCGAUCUCUGCUGCUCUUCAUACAUGAAUACACCAGAAGGGUUCACCUGUCAGCAGCAUUCAUAUCCAGACUGAACCAACUGCAGCAGCAGCAUCACUUAAUGCAUGCUCAGGUCCCGCCCAGCUCACCUUCAUCCAGAAUUGAUAUUGUCUCUCUAAGUCAGGAGCUCCGACUCCAUCUGAACCACUGGAAUUUUCUCUGCAGUCGAGUCCAUUCUGACCACUAUUUGAGACGGGCACUUGUUUUACAGACCAACAUGCUGGAGGAAAUGAAACAAACUCUAGACCUACUUGGUCUACAGCUUUUGCUCUUAAUGGAACAAUAUGUAUAUGGCAUCCUGUCUUUUAUAGGAAAAACUGAAUCAGACUCUCUACCAAGAGAUGUUUUGGAGGACAUUUUAGCAGGUACAGAAUUGUAUAAUCAGGCAGUGGAGGAACAUAAAAUCCAGCUGAGUUCUUCACAUCUGAGGGUUUUGGUUUUACAGGAGGCACAUAAAUCCAAAUUGUUUAGUAAUCUUCCAAAUAUUACAAGAUUUCACGCUUCUGCUGUGUCAGUCAAAUGUCUGAUAAGUGUUUUGGCUGUCCAUCAUGCAGAAAUGGUCGGUAGAAAACUGGACCUCUGGAUAUCUAAGGAGAGCUGUCAUGUUUGUAAGAUUCAUUCCAGUCACAAAGCAUGCUCUGAUAACUUCAUUGGUCAAGUUAACGACUGCAGCUGUGGCUUUUCUAAGUGGACUUGGAAACAGUUGUGGCAUACGUACCCAACUUCAUCUCCUCUCCUGUUCAGUAAUCAACCCUUUUCACAGACAUUGUUUUCACAAACUUACAAUAAGCCCUGCUCUAUUUGUACCCCUUAUCACCAUUUGUCCAGUUUUGCUUUAAAAAAGCAACUUCCUGUUCUGGUGAAACUGCCAUCCUUGAAAUAUAAAGAAGAGAGUUCAAUAAAAAACAAAACCAGCCAGUGCCAAACAUGCUUAACUCAGUUUGGUCUCACUGAGCACAGGGCAGAGGCAGCUCAAUCUAACAUGGAAAGAAACCAAAGUUUAGAAAACUGUGACCUUUCUUCGCUCCCUGUAACCACCUCCCAUCAUGCCUCAGCCCUGCUCCCUUGUCACUUUGACCAUUCCUGUGUAGAACCACUUUUUCGGGCGAUUGUGACCUCCACUGAUCUGCUGGGUCCAGUGGCAUUUCAAAGGUCAACAACAAAAGAACCAACUGAUCGUCUCGUCCCAGUUACAGUUCAGGAUACCGGUUCUUCAGAGAAUUUCAGUCAGCAGAAUGAGAAAGUGACGAACAUUCAAAAUGUGGAAAGAACUAAACAGGAUUGCACUGAACUGAAAAUAAACACGGGAGCAGAUGCCACUGUGAGCUCUGGUAUUUUGAAGGAGGAGAACUUUAGGAAAGAGGCCGAAGUUGGAACGAGGGCAACUACAGCAGAGUCAAGUUCUGCUCACGGGCCUCACUCUGUGCAGUGGAUGGACAUGGGUCGAUUACUGCUCCUCGCUGAUGUGCUUGAACAGUAUCAGUCUCAGCUGUUGAUUUUCUGCACCCAUGCUCUCUGGCUUAAACUACACGUAGCACCGGCGGAAAACACAUCAGGCAACAUCAACCUUCAAGAUGACCAUUGGAGCUUCCAAGUCCUCCACAGUGUUACUUGUGCUUUAGAGAUGGGUCUGUUUCCAAAGGAGUUCAGAACCAUACUGGAGCACUUCAGGCUGUUUAUGUUUGUCCAGUCAGCACAUACCUACUGGGACUCUGUGGUGUGCAGAGGUUUGGGUUUAGCACUUAAGGAUAAGUGUCUCGGAAACAGCUUUGCAGCAACAUCUUCGUCUGAGGAAUGUAGUAUAAUAAUAUCACAGACGAUGGCACAUUUCCUCCAGCUCCAACCAUCUUUGCUGUCAUCUCUGUGUUGCUGUCAGUCAAACAGUUCAGCGUCUGAACUUUUUGGCCUUCUUCCGCCCAGCUGUGUACUGCAGAAACAGACUUUUGGUUUGCUUUUAGCUUCAAUCCAAAUGUCUACAGUCUGGAUCAUGUCAAAAGCAUACCAGUUCAUUUCUACAUGGAGUCCAAAUAAGUUCCUGCUCAUCACACAGGGAGAUCUCAGAAUCUUGAAGGAGUCUCUGGACAAGAUAAUUCAUCAGACAAAGUCUUUCCCAAUGAACUUAGAUUCUGACCGUCAGUUUUCUCUGCGGAGCCACAAUCAGCAUCUACUCAGCCACCAACUUGCAGCUCUCGAUAGGGCUGCAUGUGGGCUGCAGGCCUUCUCUGCUGUGGUGUUGAAUAACUUUUCUAUCAACUGCAAGCGGGUAUCAGGGGAGAUUUUUGAACGCACCAUGCCUUCUGCAGUUCACUGGAGACCAAGCCAAAUGACAGGUUUCCCCAGCAGUCCCAGUGAAUAUGCAUCAUUGGCAGCUCAGGCUGUGAUUGGCCAAGUUCUUGAGGCUGUUGCUCCAUUAUCAGAGGAUGCCCGUGUCCAAGCAUUAAGCGUCACCAUGACAGCUUUCAUGGAGGCAUGGAUGGAACACAUCUUAAGACAAAAGAUCAAAUUCAGUGUGCAGGGGGCGCUGCAGCUGAAGGAAGACUUUGACUCUAUCAGAGAGAUGAUUAAAUCUGACAAGUAUGGUCUGUCAGCUGAACUUCACCAGAUACUCCUCAGCCUCAGAUUCAUCACUGUUGCCUCCCAGUGGUCCACUUACAGUCCAUCCCAGCAUAGUCCUUGUAGCAAACGGUCCUCCAUUUAUACUACACACCACCUCUAAAGGCUCCAGGGCCUUUGGCACGUUGGUCCCAAUCAGGAGCUCAAUUCCUGCAUCAAUCUGAGGUAAGUGAAUAUUUUUCAAAUGAGGCCAUUUUUUAAUAUCCCUUUCAGUAGGAAUAUUUCCUUUAUGCACUGGCAUGGACUCCUGUGUGUACACUUUAGGCAACUCAAUAAACGUAUCUCCGUACAGUGCAGCCACCUCCAGCCCUAACAGUGUGUUGCUGCUCACAACCCUCUGUUGGCCCAUAGUGCGCAGAAGAAUGUGUCCUUUCCUCCCAGUCAGAUGCAGUUUAUUCAUCAGACUCUCUGUACAAAAAACUGCUGUGCUACCUUGGUCCAAAAAUGCAUAUGUGGUGAAAAUAUGGCUUCCUUUUUUAGAUUUUAUUUGGACGGGGACGAUCGGUAGCUUACAAUCAUGGUCUCCAGCCCCUGUAAGGCCACUUGACACCAACAUGUUACCACAGACCUCUGCAUCCCUCUCAGCUUGCUCUGAAUCCUUUUCUUUGUGGAGUACAGUGGGGUGUUUCAGGCUACAUUUUGAACAGGAAAUCCUCUUGCGGCAAUGCUUACUCAUGUGUCCUAUACACAAACAGCUGAAGCAUAUACCAUUUUCCUUUAAGAAGUUUAUCUUCUUCUCAUGUGCCAUCCUCCCCAACUAUCCACACAUGAUCAGUGCAUGUCCUGCUCCACAGAGAAUGCAUGUGUUAAUUCCAGUUGUUCCAAUUUCUUUCUCUCUCUUCACAAGCUGAGGUUUGUCCUCCACAGGUCCGACAGUGGUUGCAAAGCUGUCUCCUUUGGAUCGUGACUGUAACUUUGGUUUGUAUGUUCCUUUAUUCGUUAUUGUAGGAGAAUCUUGUAUAUUGCCAAAAACAUGAUCUGUCAGAAUCCUGACUUGCUUUUCAAGGAAAUCUACAAUAUCACUGAACUGUGGUCUUCUUCUUUGUUGUUCCUGCAGAUCACAAGCUUGACUCCUCCAUCUGUCUCUAAGUUUAUAUGGCAACUUCUUUAUGAUAUUCAGCAUAUUAGAAGGCAUGUCCAAGUCAUGAAGAUACUGCACAUCCUCCAUUGCAUUACAACAGCCUCUGAGGAACAGACUGUAAUCCUGCAGGGCAUUCACAUCCUCUGACUUUAUAGUAGGCCAUGAGAGGGCUUUGUUCAUAUAGCAAUAGACAACCUUUUGCUCAUUACCAAACUGCUCCUUUAAUAAAGUUUUGGCUUUCAAAUAUCCAUGGUCUGGAUUCAUGUAUUGACAGCUCCUCACCAGUUCUUUAGCAAGACCUUUAGUAUGCUGUUCCAGGAAGUACAAACGAUCAGAGUUGUUUGUUGUGUUUCUUUCCACUCCGUUCUUAAAAGCCCUCAUGAAUGUAUAAUAUUUUAAUGGGUCACCAUCAAAUAUUGGGAUUUCUUUCUUUGGAAGAGCUGCGAGGCACUGUUGUUGAAUUAACAAAGUUGUUAUUUCGUUUUGUUUCCUCAUAAUGCCAAGAACAUCCUCAUUGGUUCCCAAUUGUAAUGCAUCUUUAUUUAAAUUUGUGAUUACUUGUUGAUUAACAGAUUGAAUGUUAACUGGUUCUUCAUCCUUCUUUGUUAUUUUUUGUUUUGCAGUUGCUAAUGGAUGAAACUCUUCUGCAUCCACAUUAAGUUGUUGAAAAUUUCCCCCUUUCAAAUAAGAAUUCAUUCCAUCUGAAA